AUGUUAACUGACGGUUGUGAUCAUGGCUGUGAUACAGACGGUUGUGAUUAUGGCUGGGAUACUGACGGUUGUGAUUAUGGCUGGGAUACUGACGGUUAUGAUUAUGGCUGUUAUACUGACGGUUAUGAUUAUGGCUGUGAUGCUGACGGUUGUGAUUAUGGCUGUGAUACUGACGGUUGUGAUUAUAGCUGUGAUACUGACGGCUGUGAUUAUGGCUGUGAUACUGACGGUUAUGAUUAUGGCUGUGAUACUGACGGCUGUGAUUAUGGCUGUGAUACUGACGGCUGUGAUUAUGGCUGUGAUACAGACGGCUGUGAUUAUGGCUGUGAUACUGACGGUUGUGAUUAUGGCUGUGAUACUGACGGUUGUGAAUAUGGCUGUGAUACUGACGGUUUUAUUUAUGGCUGUGAUACUGACGGUUGGGAUUAUGGCUGGGAUACUGACGGUUGGGAUUAUGGCUGUGAUACUGACGGUUGUGAUUAUGGCUGUGAUACUGACGUUUGUGAUUAUGGCUGUGAUACUGACGGUUGUGAUUAUGGCUGUGAUACUGACGGUUGUGAUUAUGGCUGUGAUACUGACGGUUGUGAUUAUGGCUGUGAUUCUGCCGGUUGGGAUUAUGGCUGCGAUUCUGUCGUUUAUGAUUUUGGCUGUGAUUCUGACGUUUAUGAUUUUGGCUGUGAUUCUGACGUUUAUGAUUUUGGCUGUGAUUCUGACGUUUAUGAUUUUGGCUGUGAUUCUGACGUUUAUGAUUUUGUCUAUGAUUCUGACGUUUAUGAUUUUAGCUGUGAUUCUGUCGUUUACGAUUUCGGCUGUGAUUCUGACGUUUAUGAUUUGGUCUUUGAAUCUGACGUUUAUGAUUUUGGCUGUUAUUCUAAUGUUUAUGAUUAUGGCUGUUAUUCUGACGUUUAUGAUUUUGGCUGUAAUUCUGACGUUUAUGAUUUUGGCUGUGAUUCUGACGUUUAUGAUUUUGGCUGUGAUUCUGACGUUUAUGAUUUUGUCUUUGAUUCUGACGUUUAUGAUUUUGGCUGUUAUUCUGAUGUUUAUGAUUUUGGCUGUGAUUCUGACGGUUAUGAUUUUGGCAGUGAUUCUGACGUUUAUGAUUUUGGCUGUGAUUCUGACGUUUAUGAUUUUGGCUGUGAUUCUGACGUUUCUGACGUGACGCCUUGCAACUUACGGACCAGGCAAUAA